AGUCUCUCGGUAGUGCGUCCGAUGACGAUGUCAGCGUGAACAACCUGCUCCGGGAUGGCGCCGACUCCAAGGGAGAUCUUGACGAAGAGGAAGACCGAGCAAGCAAAAAGCAAAAGGCAACAUCAGCGAGAAGAGCGUCCUCCAAGCAGGAAAGAGACAACAACCUGAUUUCCGGCGACAUUAGCGACGAUGGAGGAGAUUUGGUUCCAGCUGCGGGAGCGACCGAACGAGCCCGAAGCAAGAACAGUGCGGCCACCGAGGCAACGGGUAAAACACGUGCUGCUGGCAAGCUAAAGCACGAGGAAGAAGACAGGGUCAGGGAUGGCGACUUGAACGACGUCUCUGCCAAAGAGGAUGCGACCGCGGGGGUUUCGAACAACAAGAAAGCUAGCAAGAGGAGCAGCAACGCAGCACCGCCUGCUUUCUCCUCACAGAAAGCUACAUCCUCUACAAGCGGAAGCAAGGAGGCCGCGGGCCGUAAAAACUACGACGACGAAAUCGCGAGACAGUCCGUUUCGUUCGCCUGGGUUCAGUCCGAACGUGAGCGCACCCCACCGGCUGUUGAGGUCGAUCAAAAGAUGUCCAAUGAGUGGGCAGCGAAGCACCAAGUGGAGGAUCCUCGCACGGGGCGUCUCUUCACCGGGCUUGGUGGUAACAAGAAGGUCGCUGCUCCGUCCGCUGUGGCAGCUCCUGCGCCUGUCACGACCAGUAGUACCGUUGUCGCCGUUGCGGGCCCCGCCAGCGUGGUCCGCCCUGCGCCCGCAACACUGCCUCCUGGCUUCGAAGGUCAGCACAGCAUGGUCGUGGCACCUAGCGCUGUCGUAACCGCGAAGGCUGAAGGAGAGCAGUCCGUGGUUGCGGAUGGCCUCAGCGACAGCGUUUUGCCGCCCAGCGUGACCACUCCGAGAAACGCGGGACGCGCAGGAAGUGCUACUUUGACUCCCAGAGAUGGUAUGAUGGCCGGAGCGAGCAGCACCGUGGUGCCUGUUCCACUGUUGUUGUCGUCCCCCGCGAGCGCGACAAACGGCGACUCCGACGCUGGCGCGACCCCGAGGCAGCAACAGCACAUCAUCAAUGAGGGAAGGAACGUCACGGUCCACGUGAAGGCAACGCAGUACUCGCCCACGGGUGCCGUGCAGCAAAGUACGGAAUCUAUCACGCAAAUGAAGUUUGUCGACGAGGACGUUAUCCAGCACGACGUGUGCGAGAUCGUGAACGAGACCGUGAACGGCAAUUCGACGAUGACGCGCGAAACGUUCACGACCUCUGCUGCGGGUGAACUUCUUUCGCCGAACAACGCUUCAGAAGAAAUUGUUCAGGGAGCGACGAUCGAGGAGAUCCCGGACAACGAAGUAAGCGCGAACAUCAAAGAUCAUGUGGAACAACUACAAAUUCCCAGGUCCACCAGGAGUUCGGACUUGGUGCACCAGUCCAGUGCGACUUCUCUUGCGGCGGAUCGACGACAGACCAGUGCUUCUAGUUCUUCGUGGCUUCCCUCUGAUCAGAAGAUGCUCAGCAUCCCAGAGGACCGAGCGCUGUGGUACGGUCCGGUCAUGCCGGCGCGUGCACGAAAGGAGAAUUGUGGCGACACUUCGCGCGGGAAGCACGCGAACGUGCUGGGUGUAUUCGGUGAUGCGUGGGCCAAGAUGUGCGGCAUCGACCGGCCCGAAGACGUGCCCGACUGCGUGGCGAAUCGCGGAAGCAGGCGCGCGGAAGACUUGCAGGCAGACAGUGGCAGCGCUGGCGCAGGCGACGGCAAAGACAGCGCCAGGUGCCGCGCAAAGUGGGGAGGCAAUGACGACACUGACGCCGCUUCGGCCGCAGCCGACGGAAUCCAACUCAACAACGAAAGCUCCUCCCACAAGUUCGAUAUCGCGCGAGUGCUCAGCCAAGUGCCAGGCUCUUUUUUGACGUUCCAUAAGGACCCUCGACGUGCCGAGGACCUCUCGGAGGCGGCAACUCAGCUUUCGAAUUCCACCGGUGAGAGCAGUUCCUCUUCAACAUCGCUCGCGCCGUCUUCGGGUGAAUCGGAGAACCAGUCUUCCUUACCCUUUCAAGGCACAGGUGGCAAUUCGCAUUCGGCCAUGAAGCAGCGCUGCCGCUGCGGCACCUCCACCACGCGCAAUUUGCGGGGUGGCGCGGAAGGGCCCGCAGUAAAUAAGGCUUUCGAGGAGGCAGUUACUCUUUCUCUUGCAGAUCGUGCUGGUGGCGCUGACCACUGUGACGAAGCAGUGGUGGUGGAUCAGGCAGACGAGCCCGUGAGCAAAGACGAUGGCAAGAAGAAUCAUGUCGCUGCAACGAGCGGGAAGCGCAAAUCCACCACGAGAGACCCUAAGGCUUCAUCUACUCUAGUGCGCGUGAAUAGCAAGGAUCAUAUGGUGGAUCAUGCAACUUCUACUUCUUCGAGUAGAAAGACACCAGCGGACCAAGCUGCCGCGGACACAACCAGCGCCACCGCUCUGUGCAAAAAGGUUACCUCACCGUCCGCUAAGAAGGGUCCUGGAGGCGUCCUGGCAAACGCGGCCACUGCUCCUGCUGCUAUUUCUGCGAGCGUUGGCACUGUUCCAGGGCAGCGGCAGCGCGCGGACACCUGUUCGUGCGGAAGUCGUUUUCUCUUCCUGCCCCCGGCGAUUCGUCGACCGGGGAAGAAGAAUGGGCGUCGCGUACUGCCGCAGACCUUCCUCGCGGAUACUUGGGACCACUUAGUGAACCGGCUGCCAGAUCUCUACGAAGUCGCAAAGCUGUCCUCUCGUGUAGGCGAUUCCGAGAAUGGCGUCGUGCACGCACAAAAGCCGCACACCAAGAGCAAUAAUAUGCCAAGUAAUAUAUGUAGUGCAGACUCCAGCGGCGAUGCGAGGAGUUCGAAGGCCCGUUCGGUGUGCAGCCACCAGCGCACCUUUGUGGAAACCAGUGAGCAAGAGACUGGUGGCGCGCCCAGCAGCGCCGGGAUGAAGGGCGACCGGGAAAGCUCGAGUGUGAGCUCGAACAAGGGCAGUCAGGAGUCGUGGCUUCGCAAAGAGAAGCAGCGACGGGGCUUCGUGACGGAAGGCGAGAAGGACUCCAGCUCGCAAGACCAAGACGUGGAGGACAGCACGAACUCGAACGAGGACACGAACAGCACUUCGGAAGUGGAACUGCUGCACGUCUCGAACUGCCCCUACACGGCGCUCGCAAGCGGCAACGGGAGCUACUGUUCCUCCGCACCGCAGGACCGCAGGUAUGAGCUGGGACAUGUGGAUCUGUUGGAGAGCACCACCACCAACUCACUCUCGGGAGGCUCUUAUCAGCCCGCCACGCGGGGACACGACAAUGGGGAUGUCUCGGAGAACUCGGCGGCAGGACCCUCCUCUUCCAUGCAUGAGAACACUCUCUCCAGCAGCAGCAAAAGCAAUGUUGACGAGGCCGUUGUUCAGCAGGACAAAACCUUUGCGCUCUCUCUUUCCGUCGGAGAGGGGGGCCGCUAUUGUCGGGAAGUGCAGCGCAAAGAGCAGGAAGAGGCUAACGCCGCUAAAAAAGAGGCAAAACUCCACAAAAAGCUUCGGAAGGCUGUGCCCUCGCCACAUUACUAUGAGCCCGAAAAUGCGACCCCCAAGAACAUCCUCGCACGACAAGAGCAGGUACUCACAAAUUAUAAGUAUAUGGUUCCUAGUUUUAGUUUUUCACCUCUGAAGUUCUAAGGUUAUCCCAUGAAACAAUAAGUAUAUAGUAGUUUCUAGUUAUUUUGCGUGUCGUGGUAGUGAAGUGACUGGUUGUGCUGAAUUCUCAAUUUGAAUAUUUAGUUAUUUGGGAAGUAGAGUUUUUACCUACACGGUAGUCUGGUGUUCCUUUCUAACAUCGAUGAAUUCGUGAUGUUUUUACCCAAUAAUUGCGGACUAUGACGAGGAGCACAUGAGUAAAUUAGUGACCGCCCGCCCCUGCUUCUUAUAUAGAUAUAUUAAUUUUUGUGCAUUUCAGGCUGGCGCUGUGUGACUUCGUAGACUACGUCCAUUAGGAGACACGAAGCUCGCGAGACGAAUUGAAAAAAAUAAUAAUACACAGUCCUCUAUUUUUCACUGAGUAUUUUUUUAUUUCGUCUUGCUUCAGGCGAAGAGCGGCAUCAACGAGAAAGGAGAUGACGGAUGCGACAAGAAGACGGAUCAGACAAGUUUUGAGGGUAUGUUUCAGCCCUUCGGAUGCUGCGUUGUGCGGCUACCAGCGCGAGACAUGCGACCAACGGCGCAGAUGAUCUCCGUGGCACACCUGCUGACCUCUCGCUGUCGGAAGAACAGGAAGCGCCUGCAUCCGGUGCUAACCUUAGCUCGCAUCGACAGACUCUACACACCCAGUUUGGGGUACUGA